UUUACAGGAGAAAUAUCAAUAAGAGUAUUUAGAGCAUGUGCAGAAUUAGGGAUUCGUUCAGUUGCUGUGUAUUCAGAACAAGACAAAAUGCAUAUGCAUCGACAGAAAGCUGAUGAAGCAUAUCUUAUUGGUAAAGGAUUGCCACCUGUUCAAGCUUAUUUAAACAUUCCUGAAAUAAUAAAAAUUGCAAAAGAGAAUGAUGUUGAUGCUAUUCAUCCUGGUUAUGGAUUUUUAUCAGAAAGAUCAGAUUUUGCUGAAGCAUGUAUCAAUGCAGGAAUUAAAUUUAUUGGGCCAUCUCCUAAUGUUGUAAAAAAAAUGGGAGAUAAAGUUGCUGCUCGUGAAGCUGCUAUUUCAGCAGGAGUUAAAGUUGUACCAGGAAUGCCUACUCCUCUAACAGAUGCAAAUGAUGCAAUUUCAUUUUGUAAGGAAAUUGGCUUUCCAGUUAUUCUAAAAGCAGCUUAUGGAGGUGGUGGAAGAGGGAUGAGAAUAGUAAGAGAAUUGAAGGAUCUUCCAGAAAAUUUUGAAAGAGCUGUAUCUGAAGCUCAAGCAGCAUUUGGAAAUGGUGCUAUUUUUGUAGAAAAAUUCAUAGAACGUCCACGCCAUAUUGAAGUUCAAAUUCUUGGUGAUAAUGCUGGAAAUGUCGUUCAUCUUUUUGAAAGAGAUUGCACAGUUCAACGAAGGCAUCAGAAAGUAGUAGAAAUUGCACCUGCACCAAAUUUUGACAAAAAGAUACGAGAUUUGAUGACAGCCGAUGCCGUUAAACUUGCUAGACAUGUAGGUUAUGAAAAUGCUGGAACUGUUGAAUUUCUUGUUGAUGAAAAAGGAAAUUAUUAUUUUAUUGAAGUUAAUGCGAGAUUACAAGUGGAACAUACAAUUACAGAAGAAAUUACUGGAAUUGAUCUUGUGCAAUCACAAAUCAAAAUAGCUGAAGGUAAAACCUUACCAGAAUUAGGAUUGAGACAAGAAAAAAUAAAAGAACAAGGCUGUUCAAUUCAGUGCAGAGUUACAACUGAAGAUCCUGGAAAGAAUUUUCAGCCGGAUACGGGAAGAAUUGAAGUAUUUCGUAGUGGAGAAGGAUUUGGCAUACGUUUAGAUGGAGCUUCUGCUUUUGCUGGAGCUAUCAUAUCACCACAUUAUGAUUCAUUACUUGUAAAAGUAAUAGCACAUGCUUAUGAUUUAAAAUCAGCUGCAGCUAAAAUGAAUAGGACACUUAGAGAAUUUAGAGUUAGAGGUGUCAAAACAAAUAUCCCAUUUUUAUUAAAUGUGUUAGAAAAUGAAAAUUUCUUAAAUGGAACAAUAGAUACUCACUUCAUUGAUAAUCAUCCUCAACUUUUUCAUUUUGAGCCUACUCAAAACAGAGCUCAAAAAUUGCUUCAUUAUCUAGGUAAUGUUAUGGUAAAUGGUCCAAUGACCCCCUUAGCUACUAAACUGAUGCCUGCUGAAAUCUCUCCCACAAUUCCUGAAACUCUACCAGGAAAAAACCCUCAAAAGGGUUGGCGUGAUAUUCUUAUAGAGAAAGGACCAGAAGAAUUUGCAAAAGCUGUCAGAAACCAUAAAGGGUUGCUUUUAAUGGAUACGACAUUCAGAGAUGCUCAUCAGUCUUUAUUGGCAACUCGUGUGCGCACCCAUGAUCUUUUAAAUAUAUCUCCGUUUGUUUCUCAUAAUUUUAAUAAUUUGUUCAGCUUAGAAAACUGGGGUGGAGCAACAUUUGAUGUGGCAAUGAGAUUUUUGCACGAAUGUCCUUGGGAACGUCUUGAGAAAAUGCGUGACUUGAUUCCAAACAUUCCUUUUCAAAUGCUUCUGAGAGGAGCUAAUGCUGUUGGUUAUACGUCAUAUCCAGAUAAUGUUGUAUUUAAGUUCUGUGAAUUAGCAAAACAGUGCGGAAUGGAUAUUUUCCGUGUGUUUGAUUCUCUUAAUUAUCUUCCAAACUUAAUGUUAGGAAUGGAAGCAGCUGGAAAAGCAGGUGGAGUAGUUGAAGCAUCUAUUUCUUACACUGGUGAUGUGUCUGAUCCUUCAAGAAAAAAAUAUGAUCUCAACUAUUACCUUAAUUUGUCUGAUGAGUUAGUAAAAGCAGGAACUCAUAUUUUAGGAAUUAAAGACAUGGCAGGUCUGCUUAAACCUAGAGCAGCAAAAUUAUUGUUGACUUCUUUGCGAGAUCGUCAUCCUGAUAUUCCCAUUCAUGUUCACACACACGAUACUGCGGGAGCCGGAGUUGCUUCGAUGUUGGCAUGUGCAGAGGCAUCUACCGAUAUUAUAGAUGUUGCCGUGGAUUCCAUGUCCGGAAUGACUUCGCAGCCUAGUAUGGGUGCUAUUGUUGCUUCACUGAAAGGAUCAGAUUUGGAUACUGGUCUGACAUUGGAGAAUGUUAGUAAAUAUUCUGCAUACUGGGAACAGACUCGCACCCUUUAUGCACCAUUCGAAUGUGCUGUCACUAUGAAAAGUGGCAAUGCUGAUGUAUACGAAAACGAAAUUCCUGGUGGACAGUAUACUAAUCUCCAGUUCCAAGCAUUUAGUCUCGGACUAGGUGAUCAGUUUGAAAAAAUCAAGAAAACAUAUAUAGAAGCUAAUAAAUUACUUGGAGAUAUUAUUAAAGUCACACCAUCUUCUAAAGUAGUUGGGGACCUAGCUCAGUUUAUGGUUCAGAAUAAGUUAACAGCUGAUGAUGUAAUUGAAAAAGCAGAAGAACUUAGUUUUCCUAGUUCUGUUGUAGAAUAUAUGCAAGGUUAUAUUGGAAUUCCUUUUGGUGGUUUUCCAGAGCCACUUAGAACCAAGAUUGUAAGAGAUCUUGAUAAAGUUGAGGGUAGACCAGGUGAAAGUCUCCCUUCAUUAGAUUUUGAACAGUUAAGGGAUGUCGUAUCUGGUAAACAUGGCCGUUGGCUGGAUACCGAUGUAAUGAGUAUGGCUCUUUACCCUAAAGUAUGUAGUGAAUAUUUUAACUUCAGAGAUGAAUAUGGACCAGUAGAUUUGUUAGAUACUAGAAUAUUUUUAGUUGGACCAAAAGUGGGAGAUGAAUUUGAGGUGACUAUUGAAAGAGGAAAAACAUUACAUAUUAAAGCACUAGCAGUAUCAGAACACUUGACUUCUCAAGGGGCCAGAGAAGUCUUUUUUGAAAUGAAUGGACAACUUCGUUCAGUAUUCAUUCGAGAUUUAUCAAUGAAUCAGAAUGUCGAGAUACAUCCAAAAGCACAGAAAGAGGUACCUGGUUCCGUCGGGGCACCCAUGCCCGGUAUUAUCGUAGAUGUCAGAGUCAUUGAUGGACAGAAAGUAACCAAAGGCGAACCACUAAUUGUUUUGAGUGCUAUGAAAAUGGAAAUGAUAGUCCAAGCACCCAUCAGUGGAACGGUGAAAAAGAUUCAUGUCAUAAGUGACAUGAGAGUAGAAGGAGACGAUCUGUUGGUUGAAAUCGAAUAAAUAAAGCAUAUUUAUAUUAGUUUAAUAAUACAUCAAAAGGAAUAG